GAGCUUUAUGCGGACUGCGCACGCGGGUCCGCAGUGGCGGGUUGCGCGCGCGCGCGUUUGCGGGUGCUCUUGUAAUUUCACGUCACAUCAAGUUUUAUCAGCGGUCUGAUUGGAUGAUCCGCAACGCUGUCCUGAAUUGAGGGGCUCACGCGCUUGUUUGCUCGUACUCGGUGUUCGUCCUGAAGCCCGAAUGCACCUCUCCGGCAUCGCGUGAGGGAGUCGGCGCACAUCUUGCGGUUUUUGUUGUCGCCCUCUUGCCCGGACUGGAUGUUGCGCGUGAGCUGAAGAAUUCUAGAGGUCGGAGACAAAAUGCGAAGACGAGCGCACGCGAGCGUCCUGCUCCUGCCGUGGCUGGUGCUGCAAACCCAGGCAGGCUUUCCCAACCAGAUCAAUAUCGGUGGUCUCUUUAUGCGCUCCACGGUCCAGGAACACAGCGCUUUCCGCUUCGCCGUUCAGCUCUACAACACCAAUCAAAACAUCACCGAGAAACCCUUUCAUCUGAAUUAUAACGUGGACAAUCUGGAGUCAUCCAAUAGCUUUUCAGUCACGCACGCGUUCUGUUCUCAGUUCUCCAGGGGUGUAUAUGCGAUAUUUGGAUUCUACGACAGGAGGUCAAUGAACACAUUAACGUCAUUCUGCGGUGCUUUGCACACCUCCUUCAUCACUCCAUCUUUUCCCACGGACACAGAUGUGCAGUUUGUCCUGCAGAUGAGGCCAAGCCUCCGGGGGGCGCUGCUCAGUUUGCUAGCCCAUUACAAAUGGGAGAAAUUUGUCUACCUGUAUGAUACUGAUAGAGGGUUUUCCAUCCUACAGGCCAUCAUGGAGUCUGCGGUGAUGAAUAAUUGGCAGGUGACAGCACGUUCGGUGGGGAACAUAGUGGAUCCACUGGAAUACCGGCGCAUUAUCGAAGAAAUGGAUCGUCGGCAGGAGAAACGUUUCCUUAUUGACUGUGAGGUGGAACGUAUUAACAGUAUUCUAGAGCAGGUCGUUAUCUCAGGAAAGAACAGUCGAGGAUAUCAUUACAUCCUGGCUAAUCUUGGAUUCUCUAACAUGAGUUUGGAUAAGGUGGUCUCUGGCGGAGCAAAUAUUACCGGAUUCCAAAUCAUAAAUCCUGAUAGCCCGAUCGUGCAGCAGUUCCUUCAGCGCUGGGAGCGGCUUGAUGAGAGAGAGUUCCCUGAGUCUAGAAACACUCCCUUGAAGUACACCUCUGCACUGACACAUGAUGCCAUCCUGGUGAUAGCCGAAGCAUUUCGGUAUUUGAGACGUCAGCGUGUUGAUAUUUCUCGUCGAGGGAGUGCAGGCGAUUGCCUUGCCAACCCGGCUGUACCGUGGAGCCAGGGAAUCGACAUUGAGAGAGCUCUCAAAAUGGUUCAGGUUCAGGGUAUGACGGGAAAUAUUCAGUUCGACUCAUUUGGACGGCGAUCAAAUUACACCAUUGAUGUUUAUGAAAUGAAACCAGGAGGAGCCAGAAAGAUUGGCUACUGGAAUGAAUAUGAAAAAUUUGUUUAUAUAGUGGAGCAGCAGGUUACCAACGAAUCCUCCUCUGUGGAAAACAGAACCAUUGUGGUCACUACUAUUAUGGAAGCUCCAUAUGUAAUGUACAAGAGGAAUUAUAUGCAGUUGGAAGGGAAUGAUCGCUAUGAGGGCUACUGUGUAGACUUGGCAUCAGAAAUCGCAAAGCAUGUGGGCAUAAAGUACAAACUGUCCAUUGUAGCUGAUGGGAAAUAUGGAGCACGCGACCCUGAGACCAAGACCUGGAACGGCAUGGUGGGGGAGUUGGUAUAUGGGAGGGCAGAUAUAGCUGUGGCUCCUCUCACUAUAACCCUCGUCCGGGAGGAGGUGAUAGAUUUCUCCAAGCCCUUCAUGAGUCUGGGCAUUUCCAUCAUGAUAAAGAAACCACAGAAGUCCAAACCAGGAGUCUUCUCCUUUCUGGAUCCGCUGGCCUAUGAAAUCUGGAUGUGUAUUGUGUUUGCAUAUAUCGGUGUGAGCGUGGUUCUCUUCCUGGUGAGUCGUUUCAGUCCAUAUGAAUGGCACAUGGAUGAGAAUGAAGAGGCCAAGGAUCCACAGACGCCACCGGACCCACCCAAUGACUUCGGCAUCUUUAACAGUCUCUGGUUCUCUCUUGGAGCUUUCAUGCAGCAAGGAUGCGAUAUCUCACCAAGGUCUCUGUCUGGCCGUAUUGUUGGAGGUGUGUGGUGGUUCUUCACUCUGAUCAUCAUUUCAUCCUACACUGCCAAUCUAGCUGCUUUCCUGACUGUGGAAAGGAUGGUGUCACCUAUUGAGAGUGCAGAAGACCUGGCCAAGCAGACUGAAAUCGCCUACGGAACACUCGACUCCGGUUCCACCAAAGAGUUCUUCAGGCGUUCAAAGAUCGCUGUCUACGAGAAGAUGUGGUCUUACAUGAAGUCCGCCGAGCCCUCCGUAUUCGUAAAGACCACCCCCGACGGAGUGGCUCGCGUGCGCAAGUCAAAGGGGAAGUUUGCGUUCCUGCUCGAGUCCACGAUGAAUGAAUACAUCGAGCAGAGAAAGCCGUGUGACACUAUGAAAGUGGGAGGGAACCUGGACUCCAAGGGCUACGGUGUGGCCACGCCCAAAGGGUCGGCAUUAAGAAGUGCUGUAAACCUGGCGGUGUUAAAGCUGAAUGAGCAGGGCCUGCUGGACAAGCUGAAAAAUAAAUGGUGGUACGACAAGGGAGAGUGCGGCAGCGGGGGAGGGGACUCGAAGGAUAAGACCAGCGCGCUGAGUCUCAGUAACGUGGCCGGCGUGUUCUAUAUCCUGGUGGGGGGUCUGGGUCUGGCCAUGACUGUGGCUCUGGUGGAGUUCUGCUAUAAGUCGCACCAGGAGACCAAACGCCUCAGACUUGCCCAAAAUGCCCAGAACUUCAAACCAGCUCCUCCAUCCACCACACAGAGUUUCACCACAUACAGAGAGGGCUAUAACGUCUACGGAACAGAGAGCGUCAAAAUAUAAUGAUUGGAAGCCUGUCCCUUGCUGAUCAUCUGGUAUGUGGCAUGGGAUAGACUCUCCGUCUCUUUGAGUCGACUGCGAUUCCCUUUAGAAAGUGGACACGCACCCAACCAAAACUCAUCUCACCAGAACACUUGUCUUCUCGGCUCUGACCACAACCUGAACCAAUAAUCACGCGAUAAAACUAUCGGAUGGACCAACACCCGCUCGCCCUCUCUCAGUGCCUUACUGAACCAGUGGCAAAACAUCCAAACAUGCAGACCAUCUCACCAAAGUCCUGGAGAUGUCCUGCUGGGUGCUGGGUCUAAAACCAUGUUUCAAUUUAUUCUUAUUAUGAGAGGGAAUAACGGAAAAGGAGGGAAGGAGAGAUAGACACACAGUUAUAAGAGGUUUGAUUUGGUUGAUCUCAUGAUCAGUGAUAACAGUGUUUAAUGUGUGACAGACAUCUUGUCUCCAUGACAACUCGCACUAGAAGGAGUGUCUACAGACAAACAUUUUAUGCAAUUUGUAGGAAAUAUUUUUGAAUGAUUCUGCUUAUUUAAAGUUUGUGCUGUGAUUCCUCAUCAACAUAAUUGUAAUGAAUAAUGUAAAUAAUACUUUCAGAUACAUUAUGGCAUUAGAGGACUAAUGUCAAUAUUGUUUCCUUUCACAAUUUGCAGUUUAUUUCGAUUUUUUUGUUCUUAGCAUAUUUACAUUGUAGUGAAUUCUUGCUGUCUGUGGAGUGUGAGAGAGAGACAGGACACUACUCUCUUUUCUGUACUGUAAACCCAACAAGAGUGUAAGAUUCUAAAUUUAUUUGCCAAGUUACUUUAUUCUGAAACAUAGGACAUAAUGACAGCAUAUUCAUAUAGCAUCAGCAACAACAACAACAACAACAAAAAAACAUUCAUAUAUUUCGCUAUCAUAGUCAACUGUUUUAUGCUUAGAUAAGUUCUUUUUAAAGUCAAGCUUAGGAAACAAAAAAAAUGUUUAAUUGUUUGUAAUUACUUUUUUGUUUUAAAAUGCUUUAAUAAAUAAACUAUGAAAUGAUUUAUUAUGAGAUAAAAUAUGAAUUCUGUUAAGAUGGAAAAAAGAGAAAACAUGGAUUUUUGAUUUUCUAAAUGCAGAUAAAGUCUGUUUAAAUUCUUAACAUUUGUUUAGAUGGCAAUAUGCAUAUUUAUUUUGAAGAUUUUGUAAAACUGACUUAUGUUUGAUUUGUAACUGAAUUUGCAUGUACAGUAAGGAUGAAAACAGCUUUCACCUCAAGAAAGCCGCCCUUGACAUGUCCCUCUGCUCUCCCUCUCCUCGUCGAUUCCCUGUUAAUAAUAAAAAUGAAUGAAUAGAAAAUUAUGAAAUGGUCAAGAUACAUCCUGAGGAAAACAAUAAUCUGUCCCUCUGCAUGACUGCAUCCAACUCUUAAACAUUUAAGUAUAUUUUGUAAAUAAAGACAGAUUUAAGACAAA